AUGUUGCCGAUCCAGACGAAUACCAUCAAACCAUGGAAGAUGAUCAGACAUCAUCAUGGACAGCCGGUCGUGCGAGAUGGAGAACUCAAGGCAACGAGGUUCCAUGGCCUGGACCCGGCGUGCAUCUUUCUCCCUACCUCAGCAGACGAGGUGGCUGAUGCGGUGUCCGUGUUUACCACCGGCGAAGCGCAGCGUGUCCUCCUAGCCUUCAACAACAUGAACGACUACCAAGUCCACCACGACACCAUCGACGUCAGCCCCGGCAUGACCAAGAUCAACAACGUCACGACCUCCAAGCAAUAG